UUGUACUGUCAAAACGGUUCUUUUCCUGGCUAACGUCAGCCAUUGAGUUUGUUGGUUAGCUUUAUACUUGAUUUCACUGAAUAAAUAAGCUUGUACACAAUGUACAGCGACGAUUAUCAAGAGGGUUAUGAUAAUUACAACAAUUAUGAUGAUUAUUCAGCCCAUACCGGCGAUCCAGCAUUGGACGAAUACAAUAGAACCCACCUAAAGAUGCCUGAUAUGAUCAAGAACUUCCUGGUUUACUUCAGAAAUUGUGUGAAUGAAGGAUUAGUUUUUGAAUUACAAUCACUGUACGAACAGUCAUGGCCUAAGCUAACAGAGGAGUAUUUUCAAAAAAUGCCAUGGCCUGAAGAAGCUGAAGUGGGUGCUUUGGUGGACAGUGAUCCAGUUUUCAUGAUUCUGUACAAGGAACUGUAUUUCCGCCACAUUUACGCAAAAAUGCAGGGAGGUCCAUCAUUGGAGCAAAGAUUUAAUUCUUUCUUCAAUUACUGUGAUCUGUUCAAUUACAUUCUUAGUGCAGAGGAACCAGUACCACUGGAGCUGCCUGACUUGUGGCUUUGGGAGUUGAUUGACGAAUUUGUUUAUCAGUUUCAAUCAUUUGCCCAAUACAGAGCAAGGUUGCAGAAGAAAACACCCCAAGAGUUGGAAACACUGAACAAUAACAACAAAGUAUGGAAUGUUCUUUGUGUUUUAAAUGUUCUUCACUCAUUAGUAGACAAGAGUAACAUCAAGCAGCAGCUUGAAGUUUACGCCAGUGGCGGAGAUCCAGACUCUGUGGCUGGAGAAUUUGGCAGCCACUCCCUUUAUAAAAUGUUGGGAUAUUUCUCCCUGGUUGGUCUUUUAAGACUUCACUCAUUGUUGGGUGAUUAUUACCAGGCUAUAAAGGUUCUUGAAAACAUAGAGGUUCACAAGAAGUCCCAAUAUGCUCAUAUUCCAGCUUGUCAGAUUUCAACUUCCUAUUAUGUGGGAUUCGCUUAUAUGAUGAUGCGACGUUAUUCGGAUGCUAUACGUACAUUCUCGUCAAUCCUUCUAUAUAUUCAGCGCACAAAACAACUCUUUGUUUCCAAAACCUAUCAACAUGAUCAAAUCAACAAACAAACUGAUCAAAUGUACCAUUUGUUGGCUAUAUGCCUAGUAUUGCAUCCUCAGUGCAUUGAUGAAUCUAUCCAGCAAACUCUCCGCGAAAAGAGCUACCACGAGAAAAUCUAUCAGAUGCAAAUCGGAAAUCUAGAAGAAUUUGAGAACUGCUUUGUUUAUGCUUGCCCCAAAUUUUUGUCGCCUUGUCCACCAGCAAUUGACUGUGCUCCAGAUGAUUAUUCUAAGGAGGCAAUCCAACAUCAAACUGCUGUAUUUAUGGAUGAAGUUCAACAACAAAAGAUGCUUCCUACCAUUAGGAGUUAUUUGAAGCUGUACACCACAUUACCUUUAAGCAAAUUGGCUAAUUUCAUGGCCCAAAAUAACAGAGUGGUUGACUGGAAGCUGGACACAGAAACACACAAUCUGUUAAUUCAUUUGCUGUGUUUCAAACACAAAAUGAAGAAUGUUGUUUGGUCUAAGGGAGCAUCUGGCCUUGAAGGAAAAUUCCAGAGUGGUUCUGAGUUGGACUUCUACAUUGACAACGACAUGAUCCACAUUGCAGAUACUAAAGUUGCUCACAGAUACGGAGAUUUCUUUAUUAGGAAAAUCUUGAAGUUUGACGACUUGAAUAGAAAAUUGCACCUUCUUAAAAUAUAACUUGUCAGUUUUAUAUUUUGAAAUAAAAUUAAACUUUUAAACAAAAA